AUGUCACGGCCGCGCGACGUGGAACUGGUGCCGCUAAAGUCGGCGCUCGCCCGCGACGACCAGCAUGCGAGGGCGAAACCCGUGCCUGUGUCUAAAAGGUUGCUGGCAAACAAAAAAGCCCCGACUGCCCCUACGCCAUUGGUGACACUAUGCGGCGCGCCGCCCCCCUCCCGCCGCCGCGAGGAGCGCGCCGCCAUGGACAACCUGCGGAGGAAGGUUGCCCCCGCAUUGCUGCACCACAAACGCGCAGCUCAUAACAACAACAACGAAGAAGUGGACAACGAACCGGAGAAGCUGGACAACAGGCCUAAACUACUACAAAAGGUCCUCCAAACGAAGCCAGUGAGCAUGGUGGUGCAGUGGAGCGAGAUCCGCACAGCCUGGCAGGACAGCGACUUCAUCACCGAGUGCCUGUGCUGGCACAACGUGUACCGCCAGCGGCACGGCGCGCCGCAGCUCUACAUGGCCCCGGAGCUAUGCGACUACGCGCAAGCCUGGGCCAACCAUCUCGCUCACACCAACAAGUUCUGCUACAGGAACGACAGGGACGUCGGCCAGAACCUCUACCAGCGGCCGGUGAGCGCGCUGCAGCCUGACGUCACAGGACAAGAAGUAUCGUCGUAUUGGUACGCAGCAGUUCGCCAGUACAGCUUCUUCAAAGAACCAGAUAUAUUGCAUGCCAACGUCAAUGCAGGUCAUUUCACUCAAAUGGUAUGGGUGGCCACUCGAUUCUUCGGCGUUGGCAAAGCGCGGUCCCGCGCGGGCAAGGUGAUCGUGGUUGCCAACUACUCGCCUCCAGGGAACUACUCGGGGCAGUUCGAGACCAACGUGCUGCCGCCGCUGCCAGAGACCAUGCCCGACGUCCCCGUACCGGAGCACUGACAGUUCUCUAUAAAGGGUAGGAGGUUUCAGGCUGACGUGAGGAUCAAGAAAUAGGUACAGAUGUACUGCAUCAUUAUUUUUCAUCGUAUUUUCAAGGAGACUUACGAACGUGUCUUGCUAUUUGAGUCAGUCUCGGUACAAAUAGUAAUGAGGUUGACUGAAGUAGCAUGACAAAUACGAACGUUUCCGAGAAAAUACUAUGGAAAACAAUUAUGCACUACAUCUGAAUAACUUUGCCCUUUUGUCCUAGCUUUGCCAACAUACAGAUUAUUUCUGUAGAGAAUAGAAAACUUUUUCAAAACUGGAUGAACAUACAAAACAAGACAUUGAGCUGCGUAAGGACGGAAGGGCAAAGUUAGUGGUCAUAGUUAAAUGUAUUCAUAGAUAUCGGUUGACGAGACAAAAGUAUGUUACCAGUUCCGGCGGAGCCUAUCCUUUAUACAUAUUUUGUGGAAAAGUAAGAUAAACAUGUAGGUAGUGAACGUUAGUCAAUACCUACAUCAUAUUUUGUUUAUUCCUAAUUUAAUAUUAAAUGUAUUAGACGGUAUUUUUAACUCAGAUAAAAUUCCGCCAAAUGAUGAUAUAAAAUAUCUGUCCAUAAAUGAUGAUUUAGUUCCUAAAUACCGUCCGUAAAAAGGAGAUUACUAUGAAGUUCACUGAAUAGGUGUACACUAACCCCCUUAUUCAUAAACGCGAUACAAACCUCAAUUAGCUAAUAAUCGUUUGUCUUUAUCUGUCAUUUUGACUUAUGUAUUGGUAAGAAAGGGAUAAAACAUAAUAUAACUAAAUCAGGCCCGUAAAGUUUUAUGAAUAAGGGGGUUAGUGCAUAGACGUCAUACCGUGAUCAUGGUCAUUUCAUUACCUAUAGGGAUCGUGUGCGUUAGAGGGGCCCUUAUCUUGUGUGUCUUAUCAUCUACAAUCCUGUCCUUUUUUAUUUCUAAAUCAUAACCGAAAAUGUUAAAAUAGAGUGCAUAAAGUACCACAUUACGUGUUUGUGGCCUACGUUUGGUGUGGCUUCUAUGGGCUAAGGGAAUAGUGAUCUAAGCGCUAGUAAACCCUUAUUAUGAAUACGGAGGUUAAUUAAUUAUGAUAAGUGGUUUUUUAUAAUUUUUAUGAAUUAGGAAUUCAUUAUACAAACGGGUUAAGCCGUUUUAAAAUAUCUAUCUUUUAAUUAAAACUUGCAAGGCAAGAUUUUUAAUAAAGGUUUUCGUUAGAAUAUAUAGAACCUCAAGCUAAAGAGGUUUCAGUAAGAAAACAAGCCAAAUAAGUUUUUCAAAAAACUCAUAACUAUUAGUGCUAUGAAAAAGUAUCUUCUGAAAAGUAAAGGGGUCUCAAGAUUAGCGCCUGCCUCUACACUCCAUCAAAUCAUAAUAAAUAUAUGAAAAGCUUGAUGGUUGAGGCUGGACGCAGUCAUAUAACUUGAAGACUACCGGUUUAACUUCUUUAGCUUGAGGCCCUUAAUCAAUUGGUACAAGAAACACCUAUGAGUAUACCUAAGUAUAAAUAUAUACGUAUACUACAAGUUCAAUUUUCUCAGGAGUCCUAAUGAUACUUUCCAAAAAAAAACGGAGUGAUAUUCGGGCCAUGGGUACCUAAAGUUAACAUCAAAAAUAGCGGAACAAACUACGCAUCAAAUAUACUACAAAAAUCUGUCAAAAAUAGACAAUUAUUUAAAACAAUUACAAUUAGACGGUACAAUUUUACUACUUGGACAGCUAGCGAACUGUAGAGAUUUAGGUACUUAUUUUUAUUUAGAAAAAUAUUCGAGGUUGGCAGAUAUUUUUGGCGCGUUGUUACACCCGCUACUAUUGAUGGCUGACUUUGUAGGUAGCUACUGUGGCUCGGUAAAGACCGGUUUUCCUAGGAUAGCGGCGCCGUCAUAUAGCGGCCGCCUCCAUACGGCUAAAUAUGGAUGUCGUAGUAUUUAUAUGGAGACGGCCGCUAUAUGAGGGCACCGCUAUCCUAGGAGACUAGAGCAUAACACAUAACUUAUGGUACAUUGACGUAUAUCUCAGGUCUGGCCUUACGGGCGAUAACAUUGGGGCAUGAAUGGGGCCAGUAGAGCGGUACGCUACAACGCGAUUGGUUGAUAUGUACGCGCGCGAUUGGUCGUAACGUAGUUGCGUUAGACUGCACGAUUGACAACGCUGAACUAGUACCAUU